AGUGGUGUCAUAUGCUGGCACUUUUUGAGUACUACAAAUUCACAUCCCCCUUCCCACCCCUUUACCUCAUCUCACUCCACUUUCCAACUUUGUAUUAUUUCCUUUGUAUUAUGGCGACGAUCGUUUGCCACCACCACCAAAGCCUACCCUCGUGCCUCGAGUCCCUGAUGGUCGAGCCGACAGCGUUGAGGCUAACUCUAUCUUCGUCGAGGCCCCAUUCCGUUAAUUUGAACCCUGAACCGGGUGGCUGGAGUGUACUCCAAGCCAUGUUCGAUGGCCCUCGGUUGUCGAUUGAAGGGAAUGGGCAUACUUAUGUACAUCCUUUAGUCGAGCGUUCUUUGUCUGCUCUGAGUGAUAAGAGCCUGGAGUUGUGCACCGAGAAUUUGGGCAGCGAGACGGGAAGUGACGAUGUCCUCGACGAUGGCGACGACAUUUUCUCUUUGUCGCCUUCGUUGAAUCCUCCGACAUGGAAACAACAUAAAUCGCGACGAGUAUCGGGCGGUAAGAAAGCAAUUGGGGUUGAUUUUCCGCCUCCGUUGACGACGAUAAGCGGGGCCGAAUCGAUUCGAGUUCGGCCCUAUCGCGAAAACGGAAGGUUGGUAAUAAAAGCCGAGAAGGCACCGUAUAACAACAGAAUCUUCCGAGCCGAACGAAGUAAUGGCCGCCUUCGGCUAUGCAUUAUGAAAGACUAGGAAGAAGAAACAGCAGCUGACGAGGAAAAUGACAAUAACGACAACAUUGAUAAUGAAAACGAUGAAGAAGAAGAAUUUAGAAAUGAUAGCAACACCAUAGUCG